ACAAACCAAUGAGCCAACACCGUGAGCCGUGGUUUCAUCGGAAAGAAAAGAGUUAGUAGAAAUAAAUAUAACGGCGAAAAGGGAAAAGAAAAAGCGAAAGGUCGACGUGCCUGUGCUGGUCUGGUUUAUUCUGAUGAAUUUCUAAGCUCUUUCUCUCUCUCUCUGCCUUUACCAACUUCUAGCUUAGACCCACACUCCUUCCCACCUCACUAUAACUCUUAUCUCCUCCAGACUACUCCAUGGCUCCACGCCGCCGCGCCAGGCCGCAGAAGUUUCCCAGCGUUCUUCUUCUGUUGCUGCUCCUGGUCCUUGCCGCCGCCGCUGCCACCGAGGUGCGAGGCGCAUCGUGGUGCGUGGCCAGGAGUGAUGCUACCCAGCAGGCGCUGCAGCAGGCACUCGACUACGCCUGCACCUCCGGGGCAGACUGCUCCCCGAUUCAGUCCUCCGGGCUGUGCUUCCUCCCGAACACGAUGCAGGGGCACGCCUCAUAUGCCUUUAACAGCUACUACCAGCGCAAGGCCAUGGCACCCGGCAGCUGCGACUUCGCUGGCACAGCCACCGUGGCCGCCUCUGAUCCCAGUUAUGGUUCUUGCGUGUACCCGUCGUCUCUAAGGUCAAGUGUUGUCGAGUAACACAUUCACGAGUCAAAAAUCCGGAAAUUGUGUUUUUAUGGUGUCAAACUGUUUAUGGCCGGUGACGGGGAUGUCACGUAAGAUAUUGAUUCAACGGUUCGCAGAAAGUCGGAAUAGUUUUCUACAAAAGUUGGAGAAGUUUCUAUUAAAACCUUCGCAUGCUCUUAAAAGGACCUGCUCGUGUGUUUGGUAACUAAGCCUGUGCACUUAUAGAUAUCGCUUAACGAUUCGUCGGAUUUGGUUCGGUGCCUAUAUGAAUUUUGUGCAUAUUUUUUUGUAGGCAUGAAUAAAAUUCUAGAAAAUCACAUGAUGGGCAACAUCUGAGAUAAAAAUUAAAAAAACGUGUGAUAAUUUUAGGAGAAAGAUUGAAAAUUGGACUAUAUCUCAGAAAACAAAGUGAACACUAAUAUUUUCUUUAUAGAUAUUAGCAACUUAGGAAAUUGCCCAGUAGUCUCCCCAAGUUCUUUUCGUUUUAGUUUCCUAAAACUUUUAAAAAUACAUUUAUACAUAAAACAAAAAAAGAAUUUCGUGAAGUGGUGGGAAUGUGAAUACGCCUGGUGAAAGGUCCACAAAAUUCUAAAUUUAAAUCUUUUGCUAUACUCUUUCGAUGAUCGAUUUAGUAAUCCUUUCUAAUAAAAAGAUCUAUUUAUAAUGACAUGAAUUAUACUUUGCACAACUUCUAAGAAUUAGUUAAUAAAUCUAAAUAUUAGAAAAAUUAUUGAACACGUCUUUUAAGAGAGCUUAAUAUUGUUUAAUAAAGAAGAUCCCACUAAUAAAUAUUACAUUUAGAAUUUUUAAGUCUUAGAUCGAGAGUAAAUGUUAUUGUAUUAAUUUUAUUAAUUUAUGUUUUAAAACUAUUAAUUACUUGUUUAUAUUAGAAGUACAACCUCACUCCAUUUAUUUUGGUGGCUAUUUGGGUACAAUGAAAUCAAAUUGAGAAGUAAUUAAAAUGAAAAAUUCAAUUAAUCGUCUCUGUUAAUUGUUGCAAACCUCACAAUUAUAUUCCCAUUGAUGGGAGACAUUAUUAUAUUAAUGUAAGCCGUCACCUAAUAUUUGAAUGGGAAAAGAUUUUUCCUCAGAAAAAUUUCGGAGGAAAAUCUGCCGAGCUCCACUAUGACUGAAACUGCCUCAAAAGUUUUACAAAAUUGCAAAAGUGCAACCUCUGAGUGGUUCGCUUAUGCCGAUUCGGCACGAGUAGCAACCUCUAUUUAAAUUACUUAGGGUGUGUUUGGAUUGAGAGUUGAGUUGAGUUGAGUUUUGAUUUUAAUUGGUUUGUAAUGAUUGUAUUGUUGAAUUAUGAGAAAAAGUGUGAA